AUGAGCACCGAUGCUGAGAUGGCCCAGUACGGGCCGGCAGCCAUCUAUCUCCGGAAACCUGAGAAAGAGCGAAUUGAGGCUCAGAACCGUCCGUUUGAUGCCAGAACAGCCUGCUUCGUGCCUGAACCCAAGGAGCUGUACAUCAAAGGUGUCGUCCAGAGCAGAGAAGGUGGCCAAGUCACCGUGAAGACCGAAGCUGAUGAGACUGUAACAGUUAAGGACGAAGAUUGUCUUCCCAUGAAUCCUCCAAAGUACGACAAGAUCGAGGACAUGGCCAUGAUGACGCACCUCAACGAGCCCUCUGUGCUGUUUAACCUCAAAGAUCGUUAUGCGGCGUGGAUGAUUUAUACCUACUCUGGGCUCUUCUGUGUCACUGUGAACCCUUACAAGUGGCUGCCAGUUUAUGACCCACAGGUGGUGGCAGCCUACAGGGGGAAAAAGCGCAUGGAGGCCCCGCCACACAUUUUCUCUGUUUCUGAUAAUGCAUAUCAAAAUAUGCUUACAGAUCGUGAGAACCAGUCUGUCCUGAUUACUGGAGAAUCUGGUGCAGGAAAGACCGUCAACACCAAGCGUGUCAUCCAGUACUUUGCGACAAUCGCAGUGUCCGGUGGUGACAAGAAGGAUCACUCUGCUGGAAAAAUCCAGGGGACGCUGGAAGAUCAAAUCAUUUCAGCGAAUCCCCUGCUGGAAGCCUUUGGAAAUGCCAAGACUGUGAGGAACGAUAACUCCUCAAGAUUUGGCAAAUUUAUCAGAAUUCACUUCGGAACUACAGGAAAACUGUCUUCUGCUGAUAUAGAAACUUAUCUGCUGGAAAAGUCCAGAGUGACUUUCCAGUUGUCUGAAGAGAGGAGCUACCACAUCUUCUAUCAGAUACUGACCGGGCACAAGCCAGAGCUUAUAGAAAUGCUCCUCAUAACAACAAACCCGUAUGACUUCCCCAUGAUCAGUCAGGGGCAGAUUUCUGUGGCCAGCAUCAACGACAUAGAAGAGCUGGUGGCCACGGACACUGCCAUCGACAUCCUGGGCUUCAGCAGCGAAGAAAAAGUCUCCAUCUACAAACUGACUGGCGCUGUGAUACAUUAUGGGAACAUGAAGUUCAAGCAGAAGCAGCGUGAGGAGCAGGCCGAGCCCGAUGGCACCGAGGUGGCAGACAAAGUCGCCUUCCUCAUGGGCCUGAACUCUGCUGACCUGCUGAAAGGACUCUGCUACCCCAGAGUGAAGGUGGGGAAUGAAUAUGUCACCAAAGGCCAGACAGUCCCUCAGGUCGCCAAUGCAGUCAGUGCUCUGGCCAAAUCUGUCUAUGAGAAGAUGUUCUUAUGGAUGGUCAUUCGGAUCAAUGAGAUGUUGGACACAAAGCAGCCGAGGCAGUUCUUCAUCGGCGUGUUGGACAUCGCUGGAUUUGAGAUAUUUGAUUUCAACAGCAUGGAGCAGCUCUGCAUUAACUUCACCAACGAGAAGCUGCAACAGUAUUUCAACCAUCACAUGUUCGUGCUGGAACAAGAAGAAUACAAAAAGGAGGGAAUCGACUGGGAGUUUAUUGACUUUGGUAUGGACCUGGCAGCCUGCAUUGAGCUCAUUGAAAAGCCAAUGGGCAUCUUCUCCAUCCUUGAAGAGGAGUGCAUGUUCCCCAAGGCCUCAGAUGCUUCUUUUAAGAACAAACUCUAUGACCAGCAUCUUGGCAAAACAAGUGCUUUCCAGAAACCAAAGGUUGUCAAAGGCAAACCUGAGGCGCACUUUUCCUUGGUGCACUAUGCCGGCACCGUGGAUUACAACAUUGGCGGCUGGUUGGAGAAGAACAAAGACCCACUGAACGAGUCGGUGGUGCAGCUGUACCAGAAGUCAUCAAUGAAACUGUUGUCGUACUUGUAUGCCUCUUUUUCCAGUGCAGAAGCAGAAUCAGGUGGUGAUGCUGGAGGAGGCAAAGGUGGAAAGAAGGGAGGAAAGAAGAAGGGAGGCUCAUUUCAGACAGUAUCUGCUGUUUUCAGGGGAAUACAUUUUAAAAGUAACCUUCCCAACACUGUUCAUACGCCAUAUUGUUUGCAGGUAUUCUUUAAAGCUGGCUUACUCGGCACUCUUGAGGAGCUGCGAGAUGAAAAGCUGGCCUCUCUCGUGACCCAGACUCAAGCUCUGUGUCGUGGCUAUCUGAUGAGAAAAGAAUUCUCCAAUUUAAUCGCACAAAGAGACUGCGUCUGGAUUCUCCAGUAUAACCUGCGCUCGUUCAUGAAUGUCAAACACUGGCCAUGGAUGAAGCUGUUCUUUAAAAUAAAGCCACUUCUGAAAAGCGCAGCAACUGAAAAGGAGAUGGCAACAAUGAAAGAAGACUUCGUCAAGUGUAAAGACGAUCUGGCAAAGUCAGAGGCCAAGAGAAAGGAGCUCGAAGAGAAAAUGGUUUCUCUGUUGCAGGAGAAAAAUAACCUCCUCCUGCAAGUACAAGCUGACUCUGAAAAUCUUUGUGAUGCAGAGGAGAGAUGCGAAGGUUUGAUCAAAAGCAAAAUUCAGCUGGAGGCCAAACUCAAAGAGGUGUCGGAGAGGCUGGAGGACGAAGAGGAGAUGAACGCGGAGUUGACCGCCAAGAAGAGGAAGCUCGAAGACGAAUCUUCUGAGCUUAAAAAAGACAUCGAUGACCUGGAGCUCACGCUGGCUAAAGUUGAGAAGGAGAAACAUGCUACCGAAAACAAGGUUAAAAACCUGAUGGAGGAGCUGGCUGGUCAGGAUGAAAACAUGACCAAACUCAGCAAGGAGAAGAAAGCUCUCCAAGAGGCUCAUCAGCAAACCCUGGAUGACCUUCAAGCAGAGGAGGACAAAGUCAACAGUCUGACCAAAGCCAAGUCUAAGCUGGAGCAGCAAGUGGAUGACCUUGAAGGUUCACUGGAGCAAGAAAAGAAGAUCCGCAUGGACCUGGAAAGAGCUAAACGGAAGCUCGAGGGGGAUCUGAAGCUGACGCAGGAAUCCCUCAUGGACCUGGAAAAUGACAAACAACAAGCUGAGGAGAAAAUUAAGAAAAAGGAAUUUGAAAACAGCCAGCUGCUCAGCAAAAUUUCGGACGAGCAAGCUAUAAACAACCAGCUCCAGAAGAAAAUCAAGGAGCUCCAUGCUCGCAUUGAAGAAUUGGAGGAAGAAGUUGAGGCCGAGCGGGCGGUCCGAGCCAAGAUCGAGAAGCAGAGGUCUGACCUCGCCAGGGAGCUCGAUGAGAUCAGCGAGAGGCUGGAGGAGGCCGGAGGAGCCACCGCCGCCCAGAUCGAGAUGAACAAGAAGCACGAGGCUGAGUUCCUCAAACUGCGGCGCGACCUGGAGGAGUCCACGCUGCACCACGAGGCCACGACGGCGGCUUUACGCAAGAAGCAGGCGGACAGCAUGGCCGAGCUGGCCGAAUUAUCCCGACAAAUGGAAGAGAGAGAAAGUCUCGUCUCCCAACUGACGAGAGGCAAACAGGGAUUCACAACACAGAUCGACGAGUUGAAACGACUGAUAGAGGAGGAAACGAAGGCAAAAAACGCCCUAGCUCACAGUCUGCAGUCAGCUCGUCACGACUGCGACCUCCUUCGCGAGCAGUACGAGGAGGAGCAGGAGGCCAAAGCCGAGCUGCAGCGCUGUUUGUCUAAGGCGAACUCGGAGGUGGCCAUCUGGAGGAACAAAUAUGAGACUGAUGCCAUCCAACGCACCGAAGAGCUCGAGGAGGCAAAGAAAAAGCUCGCCCAGCGUCUGCAAGAGGCUGAAGAACAAAUCGAGGCGGUGAACUCAAAGUGCGCCUCUCUGGAGAAAACGAAACAGCGGCUUCAGAAUGAAAUGGAGGACCUGAUGGUGGAUGUGGAACGAUCCAACAGCUUAGCUGCUACACUAGACAAGAAGCAGAGAAACUUUGACAAGAUUCUGGCUGAGUGGAAGCAGAAGUACGAGGAGUCUCAGGCUGAGCUCGAGGGAACUCAGAAGGAGAGUCGAUCUCUGAGCACCGAGCUCUUCAAACUGAAGAACUCAUACGAGGAAGCUUUGGAUCAUCUGGAGACGGUGAAGAGGGAGAAUAAAAACCUGCAGCAGGAGAUCUCAGACUUAACAGAACAACUUGGGGAGAGCGGAAAGACGAUUCACGAGCUCGACAAAUUCAAGAAGCAGGUGGAAACGGAGAAAUAUGACAUGCAGGCUGCGCUGGAAGAAGCUGAGGCUUCCCUGGAGCAGGAGGAGUCGAAGAUCCUGCAUGCACAGAUGGAGCUGAACCAGAUGAAGGCUGAAGUCGACCGGAAAUCAGCGGAGAAAGACGAGGAGAUCGACCAGAUGAAGAGGAACCAUCAGAGAGUGUUGGAGUCCAUGCAGGCCACUCUGGACGCCGAGGUCCGCAGCAGGAACGACGCUCUGAGGGUGAAGAAGAAGAUGGAGGGAGACCUGAACGAGAUGGAGAUCCAGCUGAACCACGCUAACAGGCAGGCGGCCGAGGCUCAGAAACACCUGAGGAACAUUCAGGGGCAACUCAAGGAUGCCCAAAUCCACCUGGAUGAAUCUGUGAGAGGACAGGAAGAUAUGAAGGAACAAGUAGCCAUGAUGGAGCGCAGAACAACCUUGAUGCAGGCCGAGAUCGAAGAGCUUCGAGCUGCUGUGGAGCAGACGGAGCGCAGUCGAAAAGUGGCUGAACAGGAACUGAUCGAUGCCAGCGAGCGCGCGGGACUUCUGCAUUCUCAGAACACAAGCCUUCUAAACACCAAGAAGAAGCUGGAGGCGGAUGUAACUCAGCUUCACUGUGAAAUAGAAGAAGCCGUUCAAGAGGCCAGGAAUGCCGAGGAGAAGGCUAAGAAAGCCAUUACUGAUGCUGCCAUGAUGGCGGAAGAGCUGAAAAAAGAGCAGGACACCAGCGCUCACCUGGAGAGGAUGAAGAAGAACCUGGAGGUGACGGUGAAAGACCUUCAGCACCGAUUGGAUGAGGCCGAAAACUUGGCCAUGAAGGGUGGAAAGAAGCAGCUUCAGAAAUUGGAGGCCAGGGUCCGCGAGCUGGAGAACGAGCUUGAAGCCGAGCAAAAACGUUCCACCGAGGCCAUCAAAGGAGUCCGAAAAUAUGAGAGGAAAAUCAAAGAGUUAACCUAUCAGUCCGAGGAAGACAAGAAAAACAACAUUCGGCUGCAGGAUUUGGUGGACAAACUCCAGAGCAAGAUGAAAGCCUACAAGCGACAAGCUGAAGAAGCUGAGGAGCAGGCCAAUGUGCACAUGGCCAGAUUCAGGAAGGUUCAGCAUGAGCUGGAGGAGGCCGAGGAGAGAGCUGACAUGGCCGAAUCUCUGGCCAACAAGAUGAGAGCCAAGAGCCGUGAAAUAGGCUCGAAGGCCCAGGAGGGACAGGGCGAGUAACAGAGUGCAC